CUUUUUUUCUCAGAAAAACAACCUGUAGCUUCAACUGUGUCAGAAGAAACUUUAUAAAGAAAAUGUUAUAAGGAAGAAGGGGAAAAAAUCUGAUAAAGAGACGAAAAUACUGUUAAUCUGCAGAGGAGGAGGAUUGAGAAAGGCAAUAUGAUUUGGGGGUGCUUGAUUUGGAAGACAAAGUAGGGGUUCAAACUCAGAACCUGAGUUUUCUUUCUGGCAGUGAUGUGCCAGUCGUGCAGCCCAUCCCUCUAAAACAGAACCACAUUAUGGUUUAUAAUGUGCAGGUGCCAAGAAUAGGUAACCUCCCUUAGCCUUUUAGAAGAGUCGAGACAAGCUGUACAAGGGAGAGACGAGUCUCCAGGAAAAGGAGUUACAAGCAGCCACCUCCCACUGUCACUUUGGGUCACUGGAACUACACAUACUUGCCCAGGACGUGCGUAGAUGCUCUGGGGAAGUUGGAGAAAUUAACUCCAAGUGCUGCUGAGUGGAGAACACUUCAAAGGCAAGGGGCAGUUAAAGAACCAGAAGCCAAUCAGAGUGAAGGGGAUGUUUGAGCCCAGAGAGAGGGGAGUAUAAAAAGACUAAGGGUUUGGGGCUUCUCUCUCUCCACUGUCUCUCUUCUAGCUGACUUCUGCCAGUGUGGACAGGUAUUUACAACUUCAAGAGGACAAGAGGGAUAAGUAGGGUCCAGCCGCUUCUUUGGUGACCAGCUGCAUCGCUGGACAGCAGGCUAAAGUGCUCACGAUUGUGCAGAACAAGGAGCAUGCUGAACAGUGAUGUUCCAGCUUAAAAGGACAGAGCUGCAAACAAAGGAGUACAGAAUGGCGGGAAUAACUGAAUUAGGAAUCCCAGGAGAUGAGGUGUAGCCCCUGCUCAUUCGUUCAGUCAUUCCUGGCUUUGGGAUCUGGCCUUCCCUCUUAUCUCCUCCACCCCCUCUAUCACCACCACCCCCUAUUAAAUAAGAGGGUGAAGGGGAACGAGAGCGCACAAGGGAACCGACUCAGGAGGCAGAGAAGAUGGGCAUUCUCAGCGUAGACUUGCUGAUCACACUGCAAAUUCUGCCAGUUUUUUUCUCCAACUGCCUCUUCCUGGCACUCUAUGACUCGGUCAUUCUCCUCAAGCACGUGGUGCUGCUGCUGAGCCGCUCCAAGUCCACUCGCAGGGAGUGGAGGCGCAUGCUGACCUCAGAGGGAAUGCGUUGCAUCUGGAAGAGCUUCCUCCUGGACGCCUACAAACAGGUGAAACUGGGUGAAGAUGCCCCCAAUUCCAGUGUGGUGCAUGUGUCCAGUCGUGAAGGAGGUGACAACAGUGGCAGUGGUGCCCAGGAGAAGGUAACUGAUGGAGCCGAGUGCCACCUUCUCGACUUUGCCCGCCCGGAGCGCCCACUGGUGGUCAACUUUGGCUCAGCCACUUGACCUCCUUUUACCAGCCAGCUGCCAGCCUUCCGCACACUGGUGGACGAGUUCUCAUCAGUGGCUGACUUUCUCUUGGUCUACAUUGAUGAGGCUCAUCCUUCAGACGGCUGGGCGGUGCCUUCUCUGUCUUUUGAGGUAAAGAAGCACCGGAACCAGGAAGACCGAUGUGCCGCAGCCCAGCAGCUCCUGGAGCGUUUCUCCUUGCCGCCCCAGUGCCAAGUUGUGGCUGACCGCAUGGACAAUAAUGCCAAUGUAGCUUACGGGGUAGCCUUUGAACGUGUGUGUAUUGUGCAGAGACAGAAAAUUGCUUAUCUGGGAGGAAAGGGCCCCUUCUGCUACAACCUUCAAGAAGUCCGGCGUUGGCUGGAGAAGAAUUUCAGCAAGAGAUGAAAUCUAAAUUAGCUUGUUAAAAGUAUGGUUGUAAAAGAGCUUUUUUUUUUUUUUAAGUUAUGUAAAAGAAAAGAAACUAUGACCUGAAUCCACUAUUUCAACUGAGUCCUACUGUCUCCCCGAAAGACGGGACUUUACAUGUCAGAAGAACAUAAACGUCUAACAUCUCAAUACUUCUUUCACAAUUCACAGGGCACUUGGCUACAUUGCAGCCCCAUCACUUUUCUUUGUGGUGAAAAGUGGUGAAUGAAAAGAUCCCGACAUGGAGAGGAAGAAACCCUGUUUCAGUCUGUUUCAGUGUUCUGCCUUGAAGGAAGAAGUGAUACAGCUGAUGCAUGCUUUGGGACCUGAAGAAAAGACUUAGCACAAUAAUUACUAUGUUAGGGAAGUUCUAUCCCUGCUAGUAUAAGGGGCAUUGCCUAGCCUUUAUUCAUCAUGGAUAGAGCCCAACUGCAAAAUUCCCAAAUAUUUACUUAACAAUGAAUCCUUGAACACAGGCCAUGUGUUUGGCACAUACGGGAGAAGUUUCUGAUGUUCUGGUUUGUAGCCGUGUAGUGCUCUAUGCCAGUCUCAUUAUCACAAAGCUCGCCUGGGUAUUUUGCAGACAUCAAGAAAGAUUCCGACCUGAAGGGUUAAAAUGAAUGUAAAAUCUGAGGGUUACUUUCUAGACAGAUGGGAAAAAUGCCACAAGAAAAGGUGACAGAAAAAUUGGGAGACUUCAUAGAGUUUCACCUUGAGGCUAUAGAGUGGGACUAAUUUGUUUGCCACAGAAACAUGGAAACAUACACACGGCCAGAAAAAGAAGCAGUUCAACUAGAAGUAGCAUAGAGGAUAUACAUAUGAAAUCAGUGUAUUUGUCAUAUACUCCUAGAUUGAGCGAGAGAGGGGGAUUGAAAGGGAAAAGAAAAACACACUUCAAUAUUUGUAUUUUUGAGGAUCUUCUUUGUGGAACCAAUUACUUUUUGAAACAUGUUUGUGGUAUGCAUAUUUUCAGUGGGUGAAUUAUACCCCAUGUUACUGGUGAAACAAAACCAGUAUGUCCAGUGGUCCUGACCUGUCCCUCUCCAUUCCUACAGUUACGAUGUGGCCCCACUCACUCUUGGUCUCCGUAUCCACAGUGGUGUUCUCUGAAUGUAUACUCUGCAGCUCAGAAAUGUUUAUCCAAAUUCUCAGCUGCAGCACCACUUUCCAAAGUGGGUGAACUAUAAGGCAUGAUAGGUUUAAACAAACAGGUUUCUUUGGUUGCAAAAUAGAAGAAGAGAAAGUUAAGAUCAUUCCCACAAGUAAUUUUGAAGCUUUUGAUACAAGGCAACCCUCAGUGGUGUGGAAUUUGGUAAAGUGGAAUUUCCAUUUCCAUUUGAAUUUGAACUUGGAUCUUCCUUUGUUUCUGUGAGCUGAGUGAGGUCUAGGAAUCUAAGGCCUCCAUAGUACAUUAUUAUAAUGCUAUUUUAAUAUAUAUAUAUGCAUAUACCAUAUUUCUCUUUAAAAGCACUGUAGUUUUACCUAUAAAUAAUAUAAUAUCUAAAUAACAUAAUCCCUGAAGACUAGACCAGUCAAUUUGUAUCAUAGAUUUUUUAUUGUAAAUUUGAGGAUGCUAUCAACUCAUAGUAUAUGGUUGUAUUGAUAUGUACCAUCAAAGGUUUUUAUAACCAUUCCAUUAAUAAUUGAAUCAUAAAAUAAAGUUAAUAGAAAAAGAUAUCUCAAGUUGCAAAUACCUUCCUGAACUAUUUACCUGAAAUGAGAAAAAAGUGUGAACAGAAUGUGCAUAAAAAAUAUAUAUUUUAAAAACUGGAGCAACAUAUCAGUCAUAUCACUAAUUUAUUGUAUAGAUAGUAAAGCACUAUUUUAACUGGUUAUUUAUUUGCUGCAACAUUUAAACUUUCCAGUGUCUUAAAUUUUAUAAAACAUACUGCUCCCCCCCAAAAAAUAGUAAAUUUUGAAAAUAUGAUGUUAUUUAACAAAUUUCUGGAAAAUCACAUUGAGAACAAAUUAUUUCAUAGUCCCCAGUUGUUAAAUCCUAUAUUCCAGCUUAUCAGUGGGCCCACUGAUUGUUAUUUUCAAAAUGGUGUUGAGAUUUAUGUGGUACCCUAGAGAAGUAAAAUGAGAAAUUGGUGGCAGCAUUCUUACACUGUUGUCCUUAAACUUCCCCUUUGUUCUGUGUACAGUAAUGGAACAGGAUGUCGGAGAAACUGGUGGGGGGAUGAGAUUUGGCUGAGGUAGUGCUGGUUGUCUGGGAAAAAGGAUGAUGGAAACAUCACCCUUUUGUGAUACAUUUCUUUUAAAGAAAGAGAAGAUUGUGUGUGAGCAGUUCCUCUCUGUGAGGAUAGUCCUAUGGAGAAAUGAAGCAGAAGUAAACAUAUAAAGGCAUAGGCUGAAUAUCAGGGAAAAAGAUAUGUUCAAUAGAACAUAGAAGAGUUACUGGAAUAAAGGCCAUGGGGGCCAAUGGAGAAAGAGAAUUGACAAAGCUCAGGAAUCCUAACACUAUGUAGAAAGGCUUGGUGUUAUCAGAGUUAUGAUAAGCCUGUAAUUAUCUAGACUUCUAGACUAUUUUUCUCAACAUAAACUUUAAUGAUUUCCUAUGGUGUAUUUUUUUAGGAACUAAACAAGAACUCAUUUGCAAUAGAGGAGAAUCAAUGCUUAGCUGAUAUGCUCAGAGAUAUUAUUAAAUUGUCAAUACGCACCCCACCUACCCUGUCUUUUAUAAAGUAUGUUCUCUGAAGAAUUGUAGUUCAUAUAGAUGAAAGUUUGAGUUCUUUUUCUUAGUACCUAAACAGUUUCUCCCCAUAGGCUAUGUUUACAUGGAGCAAUCAGUUUAGCCUUUGAACUGAGUUAGCUUGUCUGUUAUUGAAACAGUUUCCAAGAACUUUUACAUAUUAUCAUAGAAUCUGGAUUUACUCAAACAUUUAGUGUUUGAAAGACUUACUGUUCAAAACUUACUUUAUUUUAUUGCUUAGAGAAAAUAUUAGUGGAAUCAACAGUGAGUUUCUUGAUUGGGCAUGAAAUGAAAUGCCCAUUAAUAUAGAAAUAAUAAUAUAGAAGUGUUUGAUACAGACAUAAAAGUGUAACUGACCUCUUUAGAGGCAGAUUAAUAACUGUUCGCUUUAUAUAGCUAAAGUGACAGUCAUUUAACUUAUGAUUUUUUUAUUCAUGUUUUGGAUCUGCUGGUUCUAUGUCUUUGUAGAAUGUACCUCGGGUUUUUGGUAAUAUGAAGUUCUAAAUGACCUACUGAUUUAGUUAAAUUCUGUCAUUAACCAGUUAAUGCCUGGUCUGUGAUCAAGGAGAGAGGAAGAGCCUGCUGUCUUCCAUUUUGCCUGAGUGUAUUUCACUAUUUGGGCUCUUGAAUAAAAAUUAUGUAAUAUGGUGAGGUCAUGCAUGGGUACUAUCUUACUACAUAAAAUACCAGAGGGGGCAGGUUAAAGAUAGUGUCUAUGCCUUUGGGGGAAUUCCCAGCUAGAUACAAGGUACCCUUAGCAUGCCCUGCAGGCUCUGUCCAUAGCAAGAGGUAUGCACUGAUGUACAGGACUUCCCAUUCCAUAGAUUACAUGAGGAUGAACCUGAAGACUUAUUCCAUCUGACCUCUGGCUCGUGGGUAGGAGAAUAAGCUUAAAGAGAAUCACAGGCCAUUACAAAGGGGAAACCGUAGACAGCAACUUCUGUCCCAUUGAAGGAUUACUGUAAACUUUUAACAGCAUUUAGAGCUUUUCAGAUUAUGCCUGAUGGCAUGUCUCUUGGCAAUGGAGAUUAACAGUGGGGAUUUUAAUUACAAGAAAUUAAAAAAAAAAAAAGAUUACCAAAAAACAGAGCUAAAAUGUUUUUAUUUAUAUUUCAAACUUCUCCCUACUUCCACCUUUAUCUUAAAAAUAGAAGCCAAAUCCAGUCUCUGUAUGUAUGUCUAGAAUGGGGCCUGCACACCAGUAGUGUGGUGAUGGCACUCUUGUGGUAGUGUCUUGAGGUCAGUGAUGAAAGGAGCUGGUGGAGCCUGGGAAAGUUAGUAACUGUGAAGAACUGGGCCUUGAAGGCUUGGCUUAGGAAGGUUUCUAAAGAAACGUCUUACCAUUGGAGGAGACCUCCUGAUAAUCACUAGUGACGUUCAGGUAAGCCGAACGUACACUGGGCCACUUCUAAUGCCUUAUGUUUGAGAGAGACCCAAAGCAAGGCCCCAGACUCGAGAGACCCAGUUCUGUUCCAGCGUGAGUCUGAACCAAUAGAAAGCAAACACAUGCAGAUAUUUUCCCAUAGGUUGGGGCUUGCUGCCUGUCUUGGGCAGCAGCCCCAGAGCCGCAAGGGUUUAAUAUUUACUAAGGAGACUUCAGAGACCCAGGAGCUGUUUAAUGAAGUCACUAUUUUGGCUCAAAAUACCCUUUCCCCUGCAAAAGCAAACAGGUAAACACAUAAGUGAAAGAAGCCCAGAGAGAGGGGGGUGGGAAACAAGUGAAAUUCUCUCAAGACUUGUCCAGACCAUGUUACUGGUCGGUGUAGUUUUUAUGUGUUUUAGGACUGGAGGAUGUGAAGACAUGAGUAUCCAGGACUUCAUAACCAAAGCAAUGAAAAGAUAUUGGGUAGGGAAUGUUGGCCAGUUUUGUUUAGUUUUGCACCACAUUGCCACCAGACUCUAUCACUAGCCCAAAUAAUCGGGCACCCGAAGAGGGAGAUGGCACUGGGCAGAGUUUUCCAGUGUGCGAAUGAUAACCACUGACGAAAGAGUCCGCGACUCAGUUAGUGGUUGGAUGUAGUCACAUUAGAUUACCUCUGCCCAUCUUUGUCUCCCUGGCAAGGGGACUAUUCGGGGCAUGAUGUAGGAGUACUGGGGGUGCAUGUGGUGAGAAUGCACGUGUGUAGAUCUCUGCUUCUCAGUCGCAGAAACAGAAAUGCUCUGGAGAUUAUCAGUACAAAGAGAGUUAUUAUACUGGUGCUGAGUGGUACCUGUGCUUUUACAAUUUGUUCUUGUAUUUUAAUAAACUUUGAAUAAGAGAAUAAAGUUACUCCUUGGUUCUAUUGGUUUAUUUUUUAAAUUGCUUUCUAGACCUGGCCCCUGGCU